AUGGCGCUCCUGCGCUGGUUGGCGGUGCUUCUGGUCGGGGUGGCGGUUCUGCAGAGCCAAGUCGUGGGUCGCUCUCUGUUUCAGGAUAACGGUGACGAUGGCACGGAUGAUGGGGACGACGACAUGGAGAUGCCUGAGGAGGUAGAGGGGCCGAAGGAGUCUGACGUGCCUUGCUCAACUGACGUCACAUAUGAAGUCCUCAAUGCAUGCGACUGGAGCGAGGACAAAUUCCCAAGGGACUAUCCGUCAAGCUCUGCACAUUGGUCUCCACUCUGCGGCACUGCCCACAAUGAGAACUACUCCAUGUGGGAUGUGGGGCAGAUCUCCACCGAAGGUGUGAGGAUAGUUGCUGAGAUUGGUGACCACGGCACACUGGAGGAAGAGGUCCAGGCCUGCAUCGAUGCAGGCAACUGCAGUGCUUUCUACGAAUGGGGGUGCUCCACAUUUUCUGGCACAUGCGACCAUGCUGGCACUAUAGACAUGUCUGGCGACUACCCUUAUGUGUCAUUGCUGAGCAUGAUCGCCCCCUCUCCUGAUUGGAUGACGGGCGUUUCGAGUGCGAAACUUUGUGGACCUGGAGGAAACUGGACCAGCGAAUACAAGCGCGAUCUGGGCGGCUAUGAUGCAGGGACUGACAGUGGCCCAUCCUACACAUCGCCAGAUGAUGCAACCGAUCCUUUUGAGCCCAUCUUCGCACUCAAUGCUACUGAUGAAUCAAACCUUCUCUACAAUGUGGACGAGGGGAAGCUGUACCCCGUGUGCACCAUCACCUUCACCCUGAGCACCGACGAUCCAUAG